UAGAACUCCUCAGCUAUUCCUCAAAAGAUCCACAAGAAGAUAAAAAUGUCCAAUUUUUAAUUUCUAUCUUCUGUUCUACCUGUAAAAAUACUUUGCCAUAACUGUAUAUGAAUCCUCAGGAAGAAUGUGGCUGAUUUAGUCAUUUAGGUAAACUAAUACUCAUUAGUUAUUUACCAUAGUAAAUACCAAAUAUUUACCAUAAUUUAUCAUAGUUUAGGCAUCAUACUAGAUUUUUAUUUAUAAUCUUUUUAUCUGCUAAACCUCAAACUGGAGAUGAAAAAACUGAGGCAGAAAGGAAUUGAGUAAAUAACCUCUACAAAGUCACACAACCAGCAGGUAGAUGGAUAGUAAAGAGAGUAUUCUACUCCAGGUCUUUUUGACUUCAAAAUCCAAAUUCCAUAAUUCAUAUGCUAAGCUGUAACAGAGUGCCUUCUUUUUCUCUAUCCUUACCUGAAGCAGUUGUCUUCUCUAGAAUCCAGUAGGAAAGAACAGAGCCCAUUGGUCAUGAGUCUCUUUGUAAAGUUAAUAGCCACCCUAGGAGAUGUGAAUUGAAUGAAAUAUUCAGACAUUUGUCAGCCUGAUGGACACCAUGGUCCCAAGCAGAGGAACACUAUGUAUAGAUGUCAAAUAACCAGUAACUUUAAUUAAAUUACUAGGUAAUUUUUGAUCAAGUAAAAAGAUAUAAAAAUUUUCAAAAAAGACAUGCUUUACUGAACAAUAUCUAGUACAAACUAUGCAUAGCUUAGAUGUUAAGUUUGUUGUCACCAGCCCAGGGUUUAACAUGACAUAGCCUCUCUUUGAACAGAGUUAUUACCGUGUCCAACUUGGUAUGAAGUUUUCUUUUCUUCCCCACUCCCACUCCUUGACAUCAGCUUAAAGCCUGUUUACCUUGUUAGCUCAGAUGAGAGAUUUCUGUAAUUUGACUUUAGUAAAUCUGAAAGUUCAAAUUUCUGCAGCACCCAGAAUAUUAGAAACCUUUUGAUCGAUGUAGUUAAACUUUUGUCCAAGAAAAGAUUCACCCAUGGAGCAAGCUAACUCAGUUUAUUUCAGCUUAUUAAUACGAGACUAAGCGACACCAACAUAGAGCUAAGCUGGUUGAUAAAGAGACUCUACAUGUUAACAGUCUCUUUUCAACAUUUGGAAAUCAUCCAACUGCCUGCAGAGAAAUGGUCAAGUAUAAUAUGCAAAGUCUUCAAUUACUUUAUGAUAGAGCACAUUGAUUCACUCAAAGUCAACACAGGUUUAUUAAGCUCAUACCACAGUUGUAUAGAAGGUAAAAAAAAGAUAAGCAUUUAUUCCAUAGUCUGAAGAGGUUUUAACGUUGGAAGGUUGUAAGACAGGUAAACAGCCAUACAUAAGACAAAGGAAGAAAAGUGUCUUAAAAGGUGCAAAGUGGUGGGAGAAUCCAGAGGAGUGAUUAGAGCUUCUUGGGAAAAGAUCUAGGCCCUGAAGGAGAAAUAGUCCUUAGUCCUUGGACAGACAGGUAUUGGGGAAGAAAGAGGCAACAAGCAAUGUUUCGGAAAGAAAAAAAUAUCAUUAAUAAACACACAACACACAAGUGUUAAUUGUAUUAAUAGUGAGCCAUUCAUUGAUUUUAUGUGGAAUUCAGGUAUCCUCACACUACAUUUGAAGCAACGAUGAGAAGUAAGAUUCAAAAGGUAUGUUGGGGUUUAUUCUGGAGGAAUUAUAAUAUGAAAAUGGAAAUUUGUAAUUCAAGAAGCAUUACUAAUAUAAAGUUGUCACAUUGAUUUACUAUUGUUAUUGGUACCGUAGGCAAUAUAGACUAACCAACUGCCCCCACACUCUUCUUACAUAUAAUUUUAUCAUUUGUAGUGUUUACAUAGCAUUUCAUUAUGUAGAUUUACCAACAUUUAUUUAAUCAUACCCCUAUUGUAGGACCGAUAAACUGUCUCUAAUAUUCUGUAGUUGCAGUAAUUUUGAAAUAACCUUCUUUUGAUAAUGUUUCCCUUUCAUAUUACUUCCACAGGCUAGAAUCUUAGGUAUUAAGCUGCUUGGAUAAGAUUCAAAACAAUUUAAGAUUGCCAAUACAUAUCUUAAAAUUAAUUUGCUCUAGCAUUUGUGCAAAUUUACAGUUUUUGUGGUUUUAAAUUUAGUAGUAUUAAAAAGGAGACAGCCAAAAUGGAGUUACUUGUGCUAAACUCCAUGUCAGCAUACCAAGAUUUAAUACCUAACUUAAUUGUAGUUUCAACACCCCAGGAAUGUAACCUUUAACCAGUCAAUUUAGAAUCACCUGGUCAGCUCUAGUGAGGUCAUCUGCCAUGUAGGCCUCUCUAUUCCCCUCAGGAAGGUAGCCUUUCCUGAAACAAUACAUUCUUUGCUAAUAAUUUUCUUUUUUCUGCCCUUUUCUCCCUUUAAAAACUUCUCCUUUUCUACAGCUUGGUGGAGCCAACUUAACCUUUGUAUUUACUCAGUUAAAUUUUUCUUGUUUAACAGUAGCCUAUAUGGAUUUUAAUUUUUGCCCCUGAGAGUAGUACAGGUACUGCUAAGCCUCUGAUAAAUAUAACUCCAUGGAAGACUUCUUUAAAAAAAAAAUUCUCAAGAAGAGAACUUUAAUAAGUUUGACUAAAUAUUUAGAAAGCAUAUUGUGUUGAGUGAAACUUUAUGUAUAAUGAACAAUGAGAGUAAUAGAAGAACAUUUUGGAUGACUGGUCUGUAAUUGUCUCAACGAGCACAUACAAAGAAAACAAGUUCUUUUGAUUACUUCCUCAAACACCCAACACAAUGGGGGAAGUGGAGGAAAUGUCCCAUGAACACUAUGAAAAGAGAACCAGAAAGUCUAAUGUGUAAACUUGGAGAAAUGACAGCAUUAGAAAACAAAACUACAGAAGAGAACACCUUCCAGAAUAAUCUGGGAUGCACUAAAGACAAAUAUUCACUACAGUUGGAGCUUUAUCAAGUCAGCACUGAGAUAAGUGGAAUAUUUGACCUUCACCAUGAUCAACAAGGUUUUCUUUGAAAUCAUGUUGGUACUGCUGGCUUCUUCCACUGGCUUCUCCCGCGAACUGAAACUGGUUCUUUUCCAACAAAGGAGAGUGAACAGAGAGAGUUUAAAACUCUUGAAUAAAUUGCAGACCUCAUCAAUUCAGCAGUGUCUGCCACACCGGAAAAACUUCCUGCUUCCCCAGAAGUCUAUGAAUCCUCACCAGUACCAGAAACAACAAGCACUGGCCAUUCUUCAUGAGAUGCUUCAGCAGAUCUUCAGCCUCUUCAGGGCAGUUAUUUCUCUGGAUGGUUGGGAGGAAAGCCACAUGGAAGAGUUCCUUGUUGAACUUCAUCAACAGCUGGAAUACCUAGAAGCACUCAUGAGACUGCAGGCAGAGCAGAAAAGUGACACCUUGGGUAGUGAGAACCUUACGUUACAGGUUAAAAUGUAUUUCCAAAGGAUCCGUGAUUACCUGGAAAACCAGGACUACAGCAGCUGUGCCUGGACCAUUGUCCGAGUAGAAAUCAACCGGUGCCUAUUCUUUGUGUUCCAACUCACGGGAAAACUGAGCAAACAAGGAAUGGAACCUUGAACCAUGUGGAGCCAACUACAGACUUUAAAAGCAUAGGGGUGAGGAGAACAAGACUUUAGAAGUGAAAUAUGUGGAGUUCCCAUCUUGGCACAGUGGAAAUGAAUCCAACUAGAAAC